ACCUAUCACUGUAUAGAAUAAACACCACACAUUACAUUUUCCCAAGAAUUAUCCAAUCUCUGAAUAUUGAAGCCAAUCUCUGGGAUCAGUUCCAAGAUCUGUCAUAGAUAUCUGAAACCAUGGCCAAGAAUCAUCAACCACUUCAAACCAAGCCACAAGAAAGAUUUGUGCAUAUACCAGUCAACAACAAGCAAGAUUCGAUCACACUAGGAAACCCGAACCGGAAACUCAACCAUUGGCCAACCAUCAUCCUCUUCAUUAUAUGCGUCAUCACAGGUCAACCCAUUGCUAAAAUCCUCGAAAACUACUACAACGACCAAAUCGACCACACCGAAAAACGUCAAAACGACGGCGUUUGGACUCAAUCUCUCCUCCAAACCGUUGGAUUCCCUCUCCUUCUCCCUCUCUAUAUCUUCACCGCCAAGAAACACAACCCACAACAAUCUCAAACCACUCCCGACCGAACCUCAACCAAGUACAUAAUAUGUUUCUCCGGUCUGAUCGGAAUCCUCUGGUCCAAUCAAGGAAGAUUCUCCGCCAAGGCAAAGCUCGAACUCCCCGUUAGGGUUUUCACGCUGAUCUACACGACGCAGCUCUUCUUCACUCUCAUCUUCGCCGCCUUCAUCAACAAACUCAAACUCAACCGAUGGAUCAUCACCUCUCUCGUCUUGGCGAUCGUCACCGGAGCUCUCACCUUCUCUUCCUCCUUCGCCGGCGAACCCCCCGACGAAGCAGAGGUGGAUUACCGAAGAGGCUCGCUGGCUGCUCUAAUCUCCAGCGUAUACUUCUCUCUCUUCCUCUGUGUCAUCCAAAACGUAUCCAAACGCACAGAACCAAGCUUCGCUUCCGUUUGCAAGGUCCUAAUCAUCUCCUCCCUAGUGGCUACCGUAAGCUCAGCCGCAGGUCUUCUCAUCGAGGGCGAGCAAGAGGAUUUGAAGAGGGAGAUGAACGGGUUCUCGAAAGGGAGAGGUGCGUGCGCGAUGGCUAUGGUGGGUCAAGCCGUUGCGUGGCAGGUUUACUGGGUCGGGAUCGUGGGACUCGUCUUCUCCGUGUCGAGCGUGUUGGCUAACGUGAUCAGUGUCAUCACGUGGUCGGUCGUGUCGGUGCUCGUUGUGAUAUUCUUUGGUUACGUGGACGAUGAGUUUGAUGUCUUCAAAGGUGUCACCUUGAUCACAGCCUCCUUGAGUACCGCCGCUUAUUUCUAUAGACUUCACAAAGAGAAUCGUAACUGUAACUAGUAACUACUGACGUGGUGGUGAUCUUCAGGAGGUUACUUUUUUAAUUUUCUCGAUUUUAUUUGGUAAAAUUCAAACUGUAUUUGUUUCUCUGUUUUUUUUAUUUCUAAAAUUUAUACUCUGUCCGUUGUAGCUACAUUGUAAGUUCUGUAUCUGUAUACUUGUGUUACAGAAAACAACCUCAUGAAAGAUACCUUUUCACAUUAGAGUUCAAAAGUUCCAAUC